AGCGCGCGCGAGAGAGAGAGGUGUGUGUGUGUGUGUGUGUGUGUGUGCGCGGGGCAGCGGACGGACAUCCCUCCCUCUCUCACGCCUCGCCUCGACGCCCACUGGCUGAUCACCACGCGAUAGAGUGCGCGAGGAUGAGAGAUGGACAGCGCGAGGCAGGAGCGACAGCAAUAACAGGAAACUCGGUGGCGCGUUUAACGCUGAUGCUCCCGGUGACCAACGCACACCUCGACAAAACCGAAAUAUAAUACGACAGGAAAGUGACCGACCGGGGGAUGCUUUCUAGCUGACUCUUUUAUCCUGAAACCAGAUCAGAACGGAAAAGGGGGCUAUGGAUUCCCCUUCGGAUCGAUUUCAUCAGCAGCCUUCCCAGAUGUGUCCCUUCGAACUGUAUCACAGCCUGCCAGAUUCAAACCCCUCAAGCCACCGAUUUUCCCCCGGCAGCCUGUCUUCCCACCCGCUCUUCUCCCCUCUCAUGCAUCCCAACAGUGCGUCCCAAAGGUGGGGUAGUUUCCGCCAGCGCCAGGGCUUGUUCCCUGGGCUUUUGGUAGAUGAUGAUAUAAGGGAGGAGGAUGUGUUUGGGAAGAGGGAGUUUGCAACCCCAUCAUCUCAGCGCUGUCACGGAGAACGGGGACAAAGCUCGGCUCCCGACCCUGGCGAAUGGGAUUUCGCGAGAGUUAAGAGACCCAGGAUGGACUCGGCAGCUCGAAGCGAAGAAGAAACGGGGAGAGAAGGGAAGAGAGGGAGGAAGAGUAGAGCUUCGGUUAGGAUGGGUGAGAGGAAGGGAGAGAAACCAGGGAACAGGAGGGAAAGCAGGGAAGGCAGAAAGCGACAGCGACAAGAACUGAAGCUUCAGCUGGAGGAAACCAAAGGGAAACUUCUCGAGCUCCAGCGAAAGGUGUGGAGGGUUUACGGAGGGCAGGCGGAUGACGAGAAAGGAGGCGAGGAGGAGCAAGAGAACGGGGCGAUCAUUCUCGAUGAGGUUGCGGAGAUGUUUUCCGACAGCGACGAUCCACUCGUCAGCAGUGGGUUUUCUCCUCCGCGCUGUUCGUCUAAGAAAAACAAUGACACCAACGGGAAUGGCAACGCUGCGAUAUUUCCAGAGACCUCCGUGGACCUGGACUUGGAGUUAAAUGGCGAUCAGGUGUGGCUGGGAUGCAGUUUGGUCCGGGGCGAGUGGGAGAGCGCAGAAGGAGGGCAGAAGUUUGCUCAAGCUCUAAAGCAGGAGCUUGCGAAUGUCGUGGCUCAAGUUAUCGACAGAGUUGUCCGUCUCUAUGCCGAAACCGACGCCUCGACGGUCACAUCCGCCACCGUUUCCCGAGAAACCAGCAUGGCGUUGGAUUUAAACUCGGACAGGAGGGCGAGACCUCAUGCGGUUGAGCAGGUGGAAGCGUUGCCACUCGUCACAAAGAGUCCUCAAGACAAGAGAGCCCCUAUCGCUCAAAGUGUCCUCCUCCCUCAAGCCAAUCCCAGCCUCCCUCCGCUAUCCCAGCCCCCUCUCCCGGCACUUUUACCCCCCAGGAGCAAAGACCACUUCUUGCCCUCUUAUCCCCCGGACAACCCCGUUCCCUUGCCCCUUCUUCACUACACCAUGCAGAAUCUCUUCGCCCGCUCCCUCUCCAGUUUGCCUCUUCAUAAGGACUGCCUGUCUGAGUCUUUCAUGGACUUUCGUUCACACAACUCUGCGUUCCCACCCCUCCCAUUGUUGGGGCAGCUAGAGCCCUCUCCGUCGGAUAGAGCGAGAGAAGGAGGGAUGAGGGGAGGCGGAGCAGGAGGGGGGGAUGGAGGAGAUGCAGCUCUCUAUCUCGCCGCUGGAUCAUCUCAGGAAGGGCUCUCUCCGUGCCACCUGAAGAAAGCCAAACUCAUGUUCUUCUACGCACGCUACCCCAGCUCCAGCACUCUCAAGACAUAUUUCCCUGAUGUCAAAUUCAAUCGCUGUGUCACUUCCCAGCUGAUUAAGUGGUUCAGUAACUUCCGGGAGUUCUUCUACAUCCAGAUGGAGCGCUUUGCCCGCCAGGCGGCCAGAGAGGGGCCUACAUCUGCCAGGGAUAGAUCACUCCGCCUGGGGAGAGACACCGAGCUUUACCGCAUUCUCAACAUGCACUACAAUAAGAGCAAUGAUUACCAGGUUCCUGAGAGGUUUGUGGAGAUAUCUGAGAUUGCCCUGAGGGAGUUUUUCUCCGCCAUACAGAGUGGUCGGGAUACCGAUCCGUGCUGGAAGAAGGCCAUCUACAAGAUCAUCUGUAAAUUAGACAGCCCGGUGCCUGACAGCUUCCGGCUGCCCGGCUGCCCUACAGACACUUACCGCAUGGGUUAAAUCGGGUUUAUCACACACACGCACAGCCUCAGAAAACACAUCAUUUGUGCACAGAUUGAUAUCAUAAGUGUGGAAGAGUGUUUAACAAUUUGAAUCAAUGGCAUAGAACCAAGAAGUAAACGUACA